CCGGAGCCCCGAUGAGCCCUGAUGGCCGGGGCACAGCCUGGAGUGCACGCGCUGCAACUCAAGCCGGUGUGCGUGUCCGACAGCCUCAAGAAGGGCACCAAAUUCGUCAAGUGGGAGGAUGACUCCACUAUUGUCACUCCGAUUAUUUUGAGGACUGACCCUCAGGGAUUUUUCUUUUACUGGACAGAUCAAAACAAGGAGACGGAACUGUUAGAUCUCAGUCUUGUCAAAGACGCCAGAUGUGGGAAACAUGCCAAGGCGCCCAAGGACCCUAAAUUACGUGAACUUCUGGAUGUGGGGAACAUUGGGCGCCUGGAACAUCGCAUGAUAACAGUGGUGUAUGGGCCUGACUUAGUGAACAUCUCCCACUUGAACCUCGUGGCUUUCCAAGAAGAAGUGGCCAAGGAAUGGACAAAUGAGGUUUUCAGUUUGGCAACAAACCUGCUGGCCCAAAACAUGUCCAGGGACGCAUUUCUGGAAAAGGCGUAUACUAAACUUAAGCUGCAAGUCACUCCAGAAGGACGCAUUCCUCUCAAAAACAUAUACCGCCUGUUCUCAGCAGACCGGAAGCGAGUCGAGACAGCUUUAGAGGCUUGUAGUCUUCCAUCUUCAAGGAAUGAUUCGAUACCUCAAGAAGAUUUCACUCCUGAAGUGUACAGAGUUUUCCUGAACAACCUUUGUCCUCGACCUGAAAUUGAUAACAUCUUUUCCGAAUUUGGUGCCAAAAGCAAACCAUACCUUACAGUUGAUCAGAUGAUGGAUUUUAUCAACCUCAAGCAGCGAGAUCCCCGGCUAAAUGAAAUACUUUACCCACCUUUAAAGCAAGAGCAAGUCCAAGUGUUGAUUGAGAAGUAUGAACCUAACAACAGCCUCGCCAAAAAAGGACAGAUAUCAGUGGAUGGAUUUAUGCGCUAUCUGAGUGGAGAAGAAAAUGGAGUCGUUUCACCUGAGAAACUGGAUUUGAAUGAAGAUAUGUCUCAGCCCCUUUCUCACUAUUUCAUUAAUUCCUCACACAACACCUACCUCACAGCUGGCCAGCUGGCUGGAAACUCCUCCGUUGAGAUGUAUCGCCAAGUGCUCCUGUCCGGUUGUCGCUGUGUGGAGCUGGACUGCUGGAAGGGACGAACUGCAGAAGAGGAGCCAGUCAUCACCCAUGGGUUCACCAUGACCACAGAAAUAUCCUUCAAGGAAGUGAUUGAAGCCAUUGCUGAAUGUGCAUUUAAGACUUCACCUUUUCCAAUUCUGCUUUCAUUUGAGAACCAUGUGGACUCGCCGAAGCAGCAGGCCAAGAUGGCAGAGUACUGCAGACUCAUCUUCGGCGACGCCCUCCUCAUGGAGCCGCUGGACAAGUACCCGUUGGAAUCUGGAGUUCCCCUUCCAAGUCCUAUGGAUUUAAUGUACAAAAUUUUGGUGAAAAAUAAGAAGAAAUCACACAAGUCGUCAGAAGGAAGUGGCAAGAAGAAGCUCUCAGAACAAGCUUCCAACACGUACAGCGACUCCUCCAGUGUGUUUGAGCCCUCGUCCCCAGGAGCCGGAGAAGCUGAUACAGAGAGUGACGAUGAUGACGAUGAUGAUGACUGUAAAAAGUCUUCAAUGGAUGAGGGGACCGCAGGGAGCGAGGCCAUGGCUACAGAAGAGAUGUCUAAUCUGGUGAACUAUAUCCAGCCAGUCAAGUUCGAGUCAUUUGAAAUUUCAAAAAAAAGAAAUAGAAGCUUCGAGAUGUCUUCCUUUGUGGAAACCAAAGGUCUUGAGCAACUUACAAAGUCUCCGGUGGAAUUUGUAGAAUAUAACAAAAUGCAGCUUAGCAGGAUAUAUCCAAAGGGAACACGCGUGGAUUCAUCUAACUAUAUGCCUCAGCUCUUCUGGAAUGCAGGCUGCCAAAUGGUUGCCCUUAAUUUCCAAACAGUGGACCUGGCUAUGCAGAUAAACAUGGGGAUGUAUGAAUACAAUGGGAAGAGUGGCUACAGGCUGAAGCCGGAGUUCAUGAGGAGACCUGACAAGCACUUUGAUCCAUUCACAGAAGGCAUCGUGGAUGGCAUAGUGGCCAACACUUUAUCUGUUAAGAUUAUUUCAGGUCAGUUUCUCUCUGAUAAGAAAGUCGGGACUUACGUGGAAGUGGAUAUGUUUGGUUUGCCUGUGGACACAAGGAGGAAGGCAUUGAAGACCAAAACAUCACAAGGAAACGCUGUAAAUCCCAUCUGGGAAGAAGAACCCAUUGUAUUCAAAAAGGUGGUUCUUCCUUCACUAGCCUGUCUGAGGAUAGCAGUUUAUGAAGAAGGAGGUAAAUUUAUUGGUCACCGAAUCUUGCCAGUACAAGCAAUUCGGCCAGGCUAUCACUACAUCUGUCUGAGGAACGAGAGGAACCAGCCUCUGAUGCUACCAGCCCUGUUUGUCUACAUAGAGGUGAAGGACUAUGUCCCAGACACAUAUGCAGACGUGAUUGAAGCUUUGUCAAAUCCAAUCCGAUAUGUGAAUCUGAUGGAGCAGAGAGCUAAACAACUGGCUGCUUUGACCCUGGAAGAUGAAGAAGAAGUGAAGAAAGAGGCUGAUCCUGGGGAAGCACCAUCAGAAGCUCCGAGUGAAGCCAGGCCAACUCCAGCAGAAAACGGUGUGAAUCACACGACGUCCCUGACACCCAAACCACCCUCCCAGGCUCUGCACAGCCAACCAGCUCCAGGUUCUGUAAAGGCACCUGCCAAAACAGAAGAUCUUAUUCAGAGUGUUUUAACAGAAGUAGAAGCGCAGACGAUUGAAGAGCUAAAGCAGCAGAAGUCGUUUGUGAAACUUCAAAAGAAGCACUACAAGGAAAUGAAAGACCUGGUUAAGAGACACCACAAGAAAACCACCGACCUCAUCAAAGAGCACACUACAAAAUACAAUGAAAUCCAGAACGACUACUUGAGAAGGAGAGCAGCUCUGGAAAAGACAGCCAAAAAGGACAAUAAGAAAAAAUCAGAACCCAGUAGCCCUGACCACGUCUCAUCAACAAUUGAACAAGACCUUGCUGCCCUGGAUGCCGAAAUGACCCAAAAGUUAGUAGAUCUGAAGGACAAACAGCAGCAGCAGCUGCUUAAUCUUCGACAAGAGCAGUAUUAUAGCGAAAAAUACCAGAAGCGAGAACACAUUAAACUGCUUAUUCAAAAAUUGACUGAUGUUGCUGAAGAAUGUCAGAAUAAUCAGUUAAAGAAGCUCAAAGAAAUCUGUGAGAAAGAGAAGAAGGAAUUAAAGAAGAAAAUGGAUAAAAAGAGGCAGGAGAAGAUCACAGAAGCUAAAUCCAAAGACAAAAGCCAGAUGGAGGAGGAAAAGACAGAGAUGAUCCGGUCAUACAUCCAGGAGGUGGUGCAGUACAUCAAGAGGUUAGAAGAGGCACAAAGUAAACGGCAAGAAAAACUCGUGGAGAAACACAAAGAAAUCCGCCAGCAGAUCCUGGAUGAAAAGCCCAAGCUACAGGUGGAACUGGAGCAAGAAUACCAAGACAAGUUCAAAAGGCUGCCCCUGGAGAUUUUGGAAUUCGUGCAGGAAGCCAUGAAAGGGAAGAUUAGUGAAGACAGCAAUCACAGCUCUGCCCCUCCCCUGAUGACCUCAGACUCUGGAAAACUAAACCAGAAGCUUCCUUCCAGUGAAGAAUUGGAAGGAGAAAACCCAGGAAAAGAGUUUGAUACCCCUCUGUGA